ACACAAAUUUCUCAUCUAAUCCAUCCCAUCAAACGGCUAAAAUCCGCCGUCUUCUUGCUUUAGCUGCGAUAAACAGUUUUUAACGGAGUUUCAUACUUUUAUUCAUCAACCAGAAAAAUACGAGUGAACGCAAUGUGCAGUGUAGAAAAACGCGGCAACAUCUUCAUCCUAACCCUAACCACCAACAACGAUGACGUAAACGACGAGCACCGCCUUAACCCGACACUAAUCGCAUCCAUCCGCUCCGCCAUCUCCGACAUUAAAUCCCAAGCCACCGCCUCACCUAACACCUCUUUCGCCCUCAUCACCACCACUACCGGUAAAUUCUUCUCUAAUGGAUUCGACUUACGGUGGGCCCAAUCCUCCGGGAAAUUCCUCAACAACCUUCAUCUUAUGGUCGACUCCUUCAAGCCUUUGAUUGCCGAUUUUAUUUCUCUUCCGAUGCCGACGAUCGCGGCAAUUAACGGCCAUGCGGCGGCGGCGGGUUUCGCGCUUGCGCUUUCGCAUGAUUAUAUGUUGAUGAGGAAGGAUAGAGGGGUGUUGUAUAUGAGUGAGGUUGAUAUUGGGAUGACUUUUCCGGAGUAUUUCAAUGUGCUUUUUAGGGAGAAGGUUGGGUGGAAAGCUAGGAGAGAGAUUAUGAUGAGAGGGAAGAAAGUAAGGGGUGAUGAAGGAGUGAAAAUGGGUAUUGUGGAUGAAGCUUUGGAAAGUGGUGUUUUUGAAAGAGGCUUGAAAUUGGCGGAGGAAUUGAUCAAAAAGAAAUGGAAUGGGGAGGUUUAUGCUGAGAUUAGGAAAGGGAUGUUCCCUGAUUUGUCUCAAGAAUUGGGGUUAACUAGGAAGGCUGUUGUUGCUUCAAGGCUUUAAUCUUCGAUUCCUCUUGUUUGUAUGUUUCAUUUUUAUCAAAUUCUCCAAUAAUAUAUGUUUUAUAUCAUCAGUCAUUCAGUCUUGUUGUAUGUAUCAAUUUAUGGAAUGUUCCCGUCUUGUGUGCAUGUAAUCAAGUUAUGAAGUUAAUAUCAUUCAAUAAUAAUAGUAUUCUGUUUGGUUCAACAA